GUUGCGUGGGUUGAAGUGAAGUAAAAGACGAGGUCAUAAAUAUAAAUAUUACGUUUCGUGACGUGAUCUUUCUUGCUCUUUCAUUUUAAUUGUAAGUAGCCUGGAAAUUUUUAACUAUUUUUCUCAAUCAAGUUUCGAUGCAAGCGAUGGCAGCGGCGAACUCUGCAGCGACAUGUGAGGACCCUUCCGUGAAGGCGGCCGAUGAUGUCCAAGGAAAGGUGGUUUUCAACCAAGAUGGCGUGUUCGUGCACACUGCUGUAUCAACUGCUACACAGGGUGCAAACAUUAUUCCCGGAAUCGUUACAAUUAUUGAGAAACAAAACAGCACAUUCGUUGACUGGUCACCUGCUGUGGGUGAAGAAGAAGAAUUUGAACUAGAAUCAAGUGACUAUUCAGAAUGGGACCUUGUUACACAAAGUAAACAGGAAGAUGCUAGUGUUCAUUAUAAGAAGAAGAGGAAGUCCAUGUAUGCCAUUCACUUCAAUGUCACAGAGUUGCACUCUAUCAGACGUUCUGACCCAAAGUUGGCCUGGUCUUAUGCUGUAUUUAUGUUAAAAAAUGGCACCACUCAACCUGCACUCCAUUUUCACUCUGGGGGUAUAAGUGAGAUGAUUCGUCGCCUUCAGAGAUAUAUUUGGAUUACAAGAUCUCCACAUAAUUACAAGUUGUAUGUUGUAGCAGAGGAACACAGUGCACUAAAGGAAUCUCUUGAUCAUCUUCAGCUGUUCUCAGAAGAUAAUCUACACCGUGGAGGACCAUGGCAGAAGCUACUCCACAGUGCAUAUUAUGACGGCAUGGAUGCUUUGUCCAAGGUGACACGUUAUGUGCGAGAUGUUUAUGUUGGUUAUCAGCAGGGAGUGGAAGACACUCAGGGAGAAGUAGAGGAGAAUGGUCCAAAGAAAGAACAUGAGUUUGAAGAUCUUGGGGAUGUUGGCAACCAUUCUGAUGAGAUAGCAGUGCCAGAAAAGCGAGAUCUUGGUGAGGUUCCAGAGGUGACACGAGAAGAACCAAUGAGGCUCAAUGAAUGGCAGUCAUUCCUGGAUGAUGCUGGGCGAAUCACUGAUGUCAAGAAGCUUAAAAACAGGAUAUUCCAUGGGGGCAUCGAUGAAUUGAUACGUAAACCAGUCUGGCAGUAUCUUUUGGGGUACAAGAAGUACGGUUACACAGUACGGUCACAGCAGACCCUCUUUAGAGGGAAGGAGGAAGAAUAUAAAAGUAUGAAGUGGCAGUGGCAGUCCAUGACCAAAACACAUGAAAAGAACUUUUCUGAAUUUAGAGAAAGAAAGCAUCUUGUAGACAAGGAUGUUACACGAACAGACAGGCUACAUUGCUUCUACUCUGAGGCCAACCAUUCCAAUGUAAAGAAACUUUAGGAUAUUCUCCUCACUUACUGCAUGUACAACUUUGAUCUUGGUUAUGUACAAGGCAUGAGUGACCUUCUUUCUCCAAUAUUAUUUCUGAUGGAAGAUGAAGUUGAGGCUUUUUGGUGUUUUGUUGGCUUCAUGGAAAAAUUGGCUCAUAAUUUUGAUGAGAACCAAGAAGGAAUGAAAGCACAACUCCAUCAGCUAGCCGUGCUUCUCAAGUUCGUUGAUCCUCAUUUCUACAAAUAUCUUGAGGAGCACGAUUCUGGUAAUUUGUACUUCUGCUUCAGAUGGCUUCUUAUUUGUUUUAAGCGCGAGUUCUCCUUUCCAGAUAUUAUGACAUUAUGGGAGACGUUGUGGUCGCAGAGCCUUUCGCCAAAUUAUCACCUGAUUGUUUGCUUGGCGAUCUUGGACAAACACCGUCGCGUGAUUAUGGAGAAUAACUUUGGAUUCACCGAAAUCCUUAAGUAUAUAAACGAUUUGGCAUACAAUCUAGACGUCCAAGAAGUGUUAGUAAGAGCUGAACAAAUCUGUGUCCAGUUGCUGGCAUAUCCUGAUUUACCUGCAGAAGUGAACGACAUACUCACAGGCAAGAACGAAGCCAUGAUGACACCAAACGUAGAAAAAACAGACCCCUAUCUCAUGGCACAUAAUAGACAUGUGGUUAGUUUACUAGAGGGCUGUGGACUAGGCAAGGCUAGCUCGCCUUUACAGACCUCUAAUCUUACUGCUUGUGACACUGACGAAUCCAUUCAUGUGCUUCCUUCAGAAAAUAGAAGCACUGAAGACAACAAUGAAACAGAAAUUAAUGAUUUGGAUAGGGCCUCUGCUAGAUCCUCCAGACCUCAGAUUGAAGGUGAAUCAAACGAAGCGCAAAUGAAUGACUCUGAUGAUGAAAUAGUGGUGUUGUCUGAAGAGGCACAGAAUAUAUUUUAAUGGCUUAGGACGAAAGGGUACUUUGACCUUUUUGAAAAAUGAGGAGAUUUUAAUGAAAAUCGCAGCAGAGCCCCUCUGGUGAGACAGACCACAGCCCACAAUAUGACGGGAACUUCAGUCAAGGCUCAAAACUCCAUAAGACUUGGCUGUGGUCAGAAAUCGCUGGAACUCAACACAGAGUCGUGGAAGUUAUUUCUCUAUUUUUUUCUCGUGAACCUACUUUCCUACUUUUGAGAAUGAAGUAUGAACGCAAGAUGAAGAGGAAGUUUUUAGUUAAUUCAAUGGAAACGACGAAGAGAGAUUCUAUGUAAAGUAAAAGUACUGAAACGGUCCUUAAAAACGCUGUGAAGGAAUAUCCUGAUUCUUAAAAAGUAUAGGUCAAAAUGUUUAUUUUCAGAGCCUAUUUGCGGCAUUCUGAUAUCGCCGAUGUAAGUUUCACCCAUGAUCAUAGGAGAAGAUAGUGUUCAUUUGUUUAAUCAGUUUUGUGGGAAGUGAGUCGUGUAUCUGGACAAAAGAAUGGUUUUGAGUUAAUGAGCACAGGUAUUCCGGUAUAAUGACGUGCUUGAGGCUUUUUUCUCGAAAACUGUACACUCAGGCAACUGUUUACUGCAACAAUCAAAGUAUUCAGUACACCAACAUGGUUAAAAAUGUAAGAAAAGGUGUAAAGUAAAUGACUGUGCUUUGAUUUUUACAGUCCA